AUGGACAAAAUAAGCAAUGUAAAUCCAGUCUCUCCACAUCAUGAAAAUAUAAAACCCGCAGCAAAUACAGGUGCCAUCCCUAAGAGGGUGUCGAGUAGUAUAUCACGUAAUACUGAGUCUAAUGUCUCGAACGGAUAUAUAAGUAGUAUUCGCGAGAAGUUUGAAAAGUUGUCACAAAAUAACAAAACUGGGAAAUAAUACAUCAAAAUAUUCUCCAAUUAAAUGUUAUUUAAUAUAUUAUUAAUUUUAUACAGUAGUGUUAUUUAGUGC